GUUUGUGGUAGUGCAACAUGGAGCCGAAUCAAAUAAACUCUCGUCUAUUCUGUCUAAUUUUUGCGUUUUUAUCUAUUUCUGGGAUUGAUUCCUCUUUGGGAGAGUAUUUAUACACAACUCAGUGGCUUGAGGUACCUGUGGAUCAUUUUGGGUUUGCUAAUAAUGAUACAUUUAAAUUGAGAUAUCUCAAAAAUGAUACAUAUGCAACUGAACCCAAUGCUGCUGCCAUCCUGUUUUACACAGGAAAUGAGGGAGACAUUGAACUGUUUGCCCAGAACACAGGAUUCAUGUGGGAUGCAGUAAGUGACCGAAACAACGGACUCAAUGCUGAGCUCAUUUUUGCCGAGCACAGAUACUAUGGUCAAUCUCUUCCUUACGGCAACAAAUCAUAUGAUUCUGCAAAGCAAUUGGGCUAUUUGUCAUCUGAACAAGCUCUCGCAGACUUUGCUUCCAUAUUGCAAGAAAUAAAUCCUGGCAACCGACGCCCCGUUAUUGCAAUUGGUGGAUCCUAUGGUGGAAUGUUGGCUGCUUGGUUCCGAAUGAAAUAUCCUCAUAUGGUUUUGGGUGCGAUUGCUGCUUCAGCUCCUGUUCUUCAAUUUAAAGAUAUCACUCCCUGCGGAGUGUACAAUAGAAUACUCACGUCGGUGUUUGCGAAUGCUUAUUCAAAAGAUUGCUCAGAAAAUAUUCGGAAAUCGUGGAAAAUUCUGAAAACGCGUGCAGAAACUGAUGAUGGAAGAGCUUUUCUUAAGCGUCAAUUCAAUCUUUGUGCAAAUCUCACGAAGCACGAAGAUGUUGACCAACUAUUGGAUUAUCUAACAGAGAUGUACAGUAAUUUGGCAAUGGCCAAUUAUCCAUAUGAAGCGAAUUUUUUGGCACCAUUGCCUGCAAAUCCUGUGAGGGAGUUUUGUUGGCGUUUCAAGGGAGAUAAUUUGAAUGACACACAAUUGAUCCAAUCCCUGGCUAGUGCUGUCAUUGUGUAUUCAAAUUUUACUGGAAGAGUUAAGUGUUUGGAUAUUAAUGAGACUGCAACGGAUCGUUUGGGUACUAGAGGAUGGGAUUUUCAGGCAUGCACGGAAAUGGUGAUGCCCAUGUGUAGUAACGGAGUAAAGGAUAUGUUUGAACCGGAAGAUUGGGACUUUAAAAAAUACUCUGAUGAAUGCUUCAAAAAGCUCGGGGUUCGUCCACGUACUGAAGUUGAAAUGAUAACUCGAUAUGGAGGAAAUCAAAUUAACACAGCCACAAACAUUGUGUUUAGCAAUGGUUUGUUGGAUCCAUGGAGUGGAGCUGGUGUCUUGAGGACUCCAAACAAUCGUGUAAAGAUUGUAAUAAUUCCCGAGGGUGCCCAUCAUAUUGAUUUACGUGCUAAAAAUAAUAAUGAUCCUCAAUCUGUGAUAAUGGCUCGUCAGAUCCAUCUUGACACGAUCAAGGAAUGGAUAUCACAGAGAUAUGGAGCCUAAAUACUCUUGAUGCCGCCGUAGAAUGUUGAUUGUUUGAUAAACUCAUCGCACUUUGCCUUAAAAAGCUCAGAUGUGAUGGGUUUUUCAGGGAGGCAGAAAGGAUUUUUCACAACAUACUCCAACCAUAUCUGGAAAUAUCAAUAUUAGCUCUCUAAAAAUUUUUUAUAUAAAUAUUUUCUCCAUGGGAUACCUUCAAAUAGAAUUGAUUCAUAAAGUC